AUGUGGCGAGAACUUGAUAUAUUUGUGAUUUUCAUAACUUUUAAUCUUAUUGACACACUCCAAGAGCCAUGUUUUCUCAAAUGCAAAGACAAUUAUAUGAAUGGAAUGCAGUUCGACAUGGGAGACUUCCAUGAAUGGUCAAUUGAUAUGGUUACUCCAAUGAACAGCCUUCUGAAAUUUGGGCAAGGCAAAAUGGCACUAAGAUUGACUCGUGCAUGUAGAAGAAACGACGAGUAUCAUAGUUGUCUGCUAAGGUGUCCAAACGUUCCAGCAAAAGAGAUACUGAUCAAAGGACAAAAUGUUUGGAUGAUAUUAUGCCAUGAUUUCAGAAAUGAUACUGAUUUCCGAGUAAACAUAGUUCCAUGUUGGUCGGAUUACGGUCAUCAAAUAUCUACUCGUUGUGAAUCACUUGCUUCAUUUCUACAGGCGGAAGUACUGCAGCUCCUUCAAGGUGGUCCCACUGGAAUUCAAGAGUCACUGGAUAGCUUGUGCAAGUAG